AAUAUAUCUGACAGUUUUUUUUGUGUUUCACAGUUGCCAGGCUGAGCGUAAAAAUAUUCACAUUUUCGCUUUUCUUGUUUGUGGAACACUAAAAAUCCAAUAAUAUUCGAACAAGAUGACUCUUCCAGCACCCGGAACCGUGUCCCCUUUGAUUAAGUUCGGCCGAUACUCCUUCUUAACUCUGGGCAUUGCAUACGGUGCCUACCAUCAAAGCCGUUUAUCGAAGAGAGAAGUAAAAAUCCGUGAAGUUGAAGCAGAACAAAAGAAAAUCCGUGAUGCUAAGCUAGCCAUUGAAAAGAAGCGAAUGGUUGAAGAGGAAAAUGCUGCGAUUGCUGCGCUGUCCAACCCAACAAAGUAGCGUGGCAAGCGGAUAAAUUGAAGAUUAGUUGUGUAUUUUCUAUGAUGGAGCUUGGGUGAUAGCAAUAAAAUUCCAACCAGAGGUGCGAAUCAGCCCAUCAUUACUCUUAAACAGAAAAAAUGAAAUUUGUUCAAAGUAAUGUUUAAGUUCAAUAAAAAUUCAAAAAAAA